AAGUUCAACCCAGUGGCUCUGUCGGUGCAGCGUGAGAAACAGCCUUGAGACACGGCCCGUUGCGGAACAACACACAGGACACAAACUCACUUUCUCUGAUUCUGGGCGUAUAUUUGAGAGAAAGUAAUCUGUUUUCCGUCCAUCUUUAUUAUUUUGAAUGAAAAAGAAAACGUUUAUUUGCGCGAUAUAUAAAGCUGGUAAUAAUAGAGCAUUGCGGUGGGGUUAAAAAGGCAGGCGACAGGCGUUUCACUGAGUGAUUUGUUCCUUGGCUCUGGCGUUAUAUAUAGAGAGAGGGAGUGCACAUUUCAGAGAUCGCUUUCUGUUAGCGAGUGUGGAUUGAAUGGAACUGCGGAAUUGAGACGGAAGGUAUUAUUCUUGAUUCUAGAUGAAGAAUGAUACACAAAUCCAACGGGAAAAUACCACUAAUUGUUUUAUCUCUAAUUGAAAGGGGUUGAUUUAUAACGCAUGUGGAUGACAUAGCCUACCUAAACGGUGCAUUAGUAUACAUAUCAAUUUGCCACGCAAUUGGUUAAAUUGGGUAGUCUUAGUCUUACAGUUUAUUGUAACAUCGAAAGAAAUUGGAGAAUUAAUCUUGGCACGAUUAAAAUAAAUCAAAUGUAUCAGGUCAAAUAAUGGGAAUUUAGCACCACUCUAACCAGUUUUAGUACUUUACACGAUUAGGCAUUUAUUUUUCCUCUAUUGGAAACUAAUUUAAAUAUUUGGAAUUUUUAAGAAAUGGCAAUCAACACAGACACUGAAUUCGAGAAAUCUAACCUGGGAAAGAGCGGCGGCGCGCCCGCCAACGAGUCUCAGGAGACGGAGAAACUUCUCAACCUCGUAACCACGGAGCCUGCUGGCGGCAACGGUAUGAAAAUGUCCUCCUCCUUUACCAUCAACGUGGGGAGCGAAAAUAACCUGGAUGCGGACCAGAACGGUCACAGUGUACCCUUUAGGUCGGGCUCUGCGGGGCACCUGACCGCUGCCCCCCCCUCCCCGUCCCGGGUCAGUUUGAGUCGCAGUCGCACCUCUUCCAUCGGGAACGCCGCGGUCCAAGAGGCGCAAAAGCCCAAAGACUAUCUCAUACUGGUCAUAUUGUCCUGUUUCUGCCCUUUCUGGCCCGUCAGCAUUGUUGCUUUGGCAUAUUCAAUUAUGUCCAGAAACAGCCUGCAGUCGGGUGACAUGGACGGAGCUAAGAGACUGGGUAAACUGGCUCGCCUCCUCAGUGUCGUUUCCAUAAUCCUGGGUAUACUCACCAUAGUCGUCUGUGUAACGGUCUCUGUAACCAAGUGACCAGUGUAUAGACCAUGAAACAAGAGCACUGCUGCAAGCCAAGCAGAGGAUGCUGCAUGGGGAAAAAAUCAAUUCCGUUGAUUCGGAGAUUAAAAAUAAGGCAAACAAUUAAGAAGUUUAAAGAAUAGGAAAUACAGUAGCAAAUGAAUGCAACACAAAAGAUCCAGAUAUGCAUGCAAUUAGAUUCCACUAACAUUUGCUUGAUGAAGAAAAAUAAAAUCCUUCAUAUAAAAAGUGUAUUUUAAAAGAACAUGGGACGGUUGAUUUAUGGUUUGAGGAACUCACUACUCUCAUUCGACUCUCUGUGGAGUAAAAUAAAUACUCUUAAAAUUAAGGAGAGAGGGAUGAACAGAGGAAUGAAGUGAUAAGCUUUUCUGUAUCAAGAAUGGAAGGAGACCUUGAAAAUGAACUCCAAGCUUUGGACUACAAACAUCAAGACAGUUGAAUAAUAAUCUGAAAAUAUACUUGGUUGACCUGACCUCCUGGAUUGAAAGCAUAUACAACUAUACAGAUAUAUAUAGAUGAAUAUAUCCAUUUACACAACUUUUAUAAAAUGUAUGUUGGGCUGAGCUGUGAGUUAAGAUGGCUGCCUCCUGGUAUAGGUUGCCGACGAAUGUAAUAUUUGACCAAGGAACACAAUUCAGAGAUGUUUUUGAAUUUAUGUUGUUUAUUUUGUAGAUUUUUUACAACAACAAAAAAGAGACCACUUGACUGUAGAUAGUCAACCUUUUUCAUUUAGUUUGUGAGUUAAUAUUUGUUUGUCCUGUGUUUUUACUUUGGGAUCAAACAUGCCAGGUGCUUAGAGACUUGAGUGAGUUGUACAUCAUGUGUGUUUCAGCCCCGUGUGGGUUGACUGUGGACUCCACAGAAACAGAAUCCCCCCCCCCCCCUGCCUUGCUAUGGGAGGGGUCUGACUAUAUCAAUGUGCAUGCCUACCCUCCAACCCCUCUCCAAACAUCCAUGCCAGAGCAUGGGCAUAAGUCUGAGGAUAUGCAAUUUGUCAGAACAAUCAAUCACUCUCCCCCUUACCCACUGACCCCCUAGCUCCCCUCCAAAAUACAACCCACCCUACUCCAGUACCUUGUCUCAUUACCUGGGACUGUUAACAUAGCUUGUUUGACUGAAUGCAUUUUGUAGUACGACAGAGACCAACAUAAAUCCUUAACCUAUUGCCACCCUGCUGUAUCAGUAUGACAUGUAUUUAUAAGAAUAUAUAUAUGCAAUAUUAUAUAGGCAUGCUUAGGACUAAACAGUACCCAGGUUUUUGGAUGCCACUGUAAGGACCUGCUCUAAUGUUAAAGGAACAUUGUUUUGAGGUUUGAUUGAUUAGCAGCAGUUCUCUCUGUACAUGUACUGUAACACACCAAUCUGUCUGUAUUCAAAUGUGCCACUAUGCCAUCUGGAAUAAGUCAGUGUUCAGAUUCAACUACAGUAACACAAAGGACUGUUACAUUGACACACUUCAGAUGUUUACUACAAGGUUAUGACACCUCUUAUAAAACCUUCAUAACACCCUUGUUUGGACUUAUAUUAAUGUUUUUAGUACUACUCAUAACAUUCUCCUGAACUCCAAUUAGAUUUCAAUACUUUAAGUUGGCCAAUGGUUCUUGAUUCCACUGCUUGUAUUAUCAAGAGCUUAUGUAGGUGUUAGCUGCACAAAUGAGACCAAAGAGAGAAUUAUAUGAUAAUGAUUUGAUUGCAUUUAUUUGGCCUGAAUUUACAAUAUUCAAAGAGAUCUAAAAUGAUUGAUAAAGAACCUGUAAUUGGUGAAAUAGGUCAUCAUAACAUUUGAGAUCUCCUUUAGAGGAUUCAAACUAUGAACACCUAUUGGUUCAUUCCUUGCUGAACCCCCCCCCCGACAAUAUGUAAAACAUUUUGGCAUCUGUACUGUAUUUCUAGAAACAAAUAGAAAUAGGACCACAGCUGUUGAAUGACUCAACAUGGUCAUGAUGUUUAAAGGCACUGAACUACAGUACAUCUAUGGGUAUGAUAAAACUUGCUGCCCUUUUGGUUAUACAAGUCACAUUGCACAGUUGGAAGCUACUGUAGCGACAGCGUGCUUCACUAGACAGAUGGGCUGAAGAGACAUCCCUGUCUAAAGAGCUCUAAUGCUCGUCUUUGGGCAACAGGCACACCUCAGUCUGGAAACUUCUCACACACUCCUAAAGUGCUUUUAGAAACCUGACUUUGGGGAGAAAGUAGAUGGCUGCUCUAUGUCAUACAGUAAGUGCAAAUGGCAGAGAGCGAGCGAGAGAGACCCCGAUCCAGCAGGGGAAAUUCAGUGACUCAGUCUGCCAUUGAAGACACAAAUUCAGCUUAAUAAGACACAUUUUUAUGGUAAUUUGUCUAUCACAUGAAAUAGUUCCCACUCACCUUCCGCACUGUUCUAUCACAUUCUCUGACCGUCUUUCUGCUGCGAGAUGCAUACGUCCUGUUCUGUCAGUAAAACAGUGACUUUCAAAAUCAUGUCUAUUUUUUUAAUGUCCAGAUUUUUGCCCCUUUUGGAUAGCAUAUGCUGGUUUCCAUCUCUUGUGAACUUUCUGCAUGUCUGGAAUAAACGUUACCAUGCAUGGUC